AUAACUAUGAAGUCUCCAGAGUAUCUAUCAAAAGAUAUUUUAGAUGAGGACUUCGUUCGGGUUUUUCGUUUUCCAUUUUUGGUGCAAAUGGUGCUAGGAUCAUGCAGAGUCCACUUGAAAGCCAGAUUCAUUACUAUACCGACGCUCGGUCAAAAACUUUACACAGUAAUGAGCAUAAUAAUUUGUUCUUUGUUGUAUUUUAAUAUCACGAAGCUUUAUAUAUCUCUAUAUUACGAACAAAGUAUCGUGUACUUUCUUUUUUUGACUGUGGCGGGCUUGGAUCAGUUAUCUUUUUUUGCAAAUUUAAUUCAUGUGCGAUUUCUUAAUGGGGAAACUAAUACUGGAUUCUGCAUCAUGAUGCAGAGAAUUGAUCGGAAAAUGAAGAUUGAUCACAACAAUAUUUUCAACAAAACGGUUAUUCGAGCUAAUAUAUUAACGAUUACAUUAAUUAUAUUACUUUACAUGAGCCUUGUAAUAUCAACGAUAAUAUUGAAAAAAUACUCACUGGUUACUUUGUUUGGAUUGGUGCACGGUCAAUUAAUACUUCUGGUCGAAAUGGCGUACUGUUCAAAUCUAAUUAUAUUUUUCUUUAUACGUGUUCGUUUUGUGAAUGCUAUAAUAAAAAAUCAUGUUCAUCCGGAAAAUCAAAAUCAACCACCGAAACUUGUAAGGUACUUUGUAACUAAUAGAAUUAUGAGGUACCUCGCUGCACAAACACAUGACUUCAUCGUAAACGACACAGAUGUUUAUUUGAAGCAAAUAUUCGAAGGAUUUUCGAUGUUUAUCGAUAUUUAUAGAUUUCAGGUAUGCCUCUUUUGCAUAAAGCUAAUUGUAAUGAGCCUGCUAACCUUCGAAUUCUGCUUGGUUGGGAUACAAAAAAAUGUUUUAGCAUCAAAGAAUUUAGCAAACUAUUAUGUUAUAGUACAUUCUGUUAUUGGAUUUAUCACUGCGUUGUAUAUAAGCGGACGCUGUGAAUUUUUCUUCAGAGAAAUACGAGAAACUAAGCGUUUGGCCGUUGCUGUCCUGUUGAAAUAUCAAGAAGGUCCCCUCAGAGAAAAGGCGACAAGAAUGUUAAAAAUUAUAGAAGAGUCAACCCCCCAAUUUUCCAUUUACGACAUGUGGAAUAUGGACGGCUACAUCUUCAUAAGAAUCUGCAGUUUAGUCACAAACCUCAUUGUGACUUUAUUACAAUUCGCUUACUUAUAAAAUUGAACGCUGUGUAGAAAUAGAUAUGAGAUAAUAUAUCAAUACUAUUACAUAUAUGAGAUAAUAUAUCAAUACUAUUUUCGCAAUGAUAGAUAAUAAACUUCGACUGACUUGAUGAGGUAGUUGUUAGAGCUCCUGAGUGUUAGGCCGAGGGUCGCGGAUCCCAUUCCUGCUUCAUGGGUCAUUUGCUCUUUGGGUGUUUAAUGUCGAUUUUUUUUUCCGUCCCAUCAUCAAAGGCGUCUAUCGUCUGUCUUCGUUUUCGGAAGCGGUCUCUUAACAUCCAGUAUGUAUACAAAAAUAGGCAGCGUCAUUUCAAAGAUCGCAAUUUGCAUAGAUUUGUUAAAGAAAUACAGCCAAUAACUCCAUCCCGCUAAGUUAAAGUCCCGGGAACAACCGCGGUAUGGAUUGGAUCUUUUAGGCAGGCCACAACUAAACAUUACAAUGCCUACUUAUGAAGAAUUGUGACCACGUAAAAAAUAUACAAAAGAAUAUUGAAAAUGAUUUAUUUCAAGAUAAAAAGUUUUACAAACUUGUAAUAUAAGUAAAAACUACAUGCAUAUAAUAUAUAAUUAAAAAUUGUCAAAAUUUCUAAAUUAGAAAUUCAGGUUUCACAUAAAACGGAUCCAAACACUGAAUUAGAAAUUAAAAGUUAAAAUAAAUAUUUUUAUAAAUUAAAUAGAGAUACAAGAUUUGGACGGACUUAGAGAAAAAAAUAA